UUACUCCUGCUCAAAAACACUAGCUUAUAGAAUAUUUUAAUACCUUAUUCUUGCAACGUGUGGAAUAGCAGAAAGAAGUUGUGUAACGUAGAAAUAUAGACACAAACUGUAUUAAUGUGAGGUAGAAAUAGAACUGUAUAGAAAAAGACAAAAUAUAUUCAAGCAUCAUGGAAUUGAUUUUGGAUUUAAACAGACGGAUUUUACCAUUUCUUUUAAUGUUUCUCUAUAUUGUAAUGAAAACUGGGAGUGAAAGAGCACCAAGGCCUGCGACAGCGUAUCAUGACAUACAGAUGCAAACGAUUUUCAAUAUCAAAGGCUGGUCGGCAGAACUAAGCAAAAAACUUGUAGGCUUCAGUAAAUCUGUAACUUCCUUCACAGAUAUAUCAGAGGAUUACGGAAGAUAUUUCUCCAGUAAAGAUGUAUCAGGAGACAUACUGAUUCAAACAAUUGCAAACGACAUAAAUGACUUGCUCAAAGAAAAGCUCGAUGCAGUUCUG